CUUCCGCUGCUCCACAUGCGCCUGCAGACAGUUUCUAAAACACAAAGUGUUUGUGUGACAGCUGUGCGCUCUUAUUUAGUCUGUAGCUGUCAGUCACACACAUCUGUCGGCUAACAUGCUUCUUUUUUGUCCAACCUGCGGAAAUGUUUUAAUUGUGGAGGAGGGACAGAAGUGUAUGAGAUUCGCCUGUAACACCUGUCCGUAUGUACACAACAUCACCAGAAAGGUAAAUAACAGAAAGUAUCCAAAACUCAAAGAGGUGGAUGAUGUGCUUGGUGGUGCUGCAGCUUGGGAAAACGUGGAUUCAACUCCUGAAACUUGUCCCAAGUGUGGGCACCUUCGGGCGUAUUUCAUGCAGAUUCAGACCAGAUCAGCUGAUGAACCAAUGACAACGUUCUACAAAUGCUGUAACGCCCAAUGUGGACACCGAUGGAGAGACUAGAACCUGAACUUUGUGUGUGGCAUAGAUUAUGUUUCCUUAUUUUUCAACCUAUAUAUUUAUUGUUAACAGGCUCUGCUAGCGUCGGAUACUCUUUCUGAUGAUUUCCACUGUGUGCAGUUUCUGUUCUGUGUGCAGGCCUCGUCCUUGGAGCUGAUUUGCAUAAAAGUAUUCACUUUACAUGCACCAUUUAUUUCCCAAAUGACAUUAAAGUGAAUUUCAAUGAAAAAUCAUGUUCUGAUUUUUAUUGAUAAAAUAGUACCUGUAUACAACAGUCAAACAAAUUUUUGACUUACAUAGUUAUACAUAUCACAGACAUUUAGAGAGCAAUGCAGACCGGCAUUAUUCACAACAAUGGCAUACAGUACUUUGUAUUAAAACUUCAAUGCAAUCCUUCAACUCAAAAUUCACUUUCUUGCACAGCUUAGCUAGCCUCAAGGAAAGAAAAAAAUCAAAUGCAUAUAGAAGUCAAGGAACUAGCGAGUGAGAAUUAUUCAGUUUGUGUGGCUCAUGCAGACGAACUCUGCACUGGGUGGGCGAAUGUGAAUGGCUGUUUGGGCAUGCUGUGGUGGAACGAUGGUUGUUUCAUUGUUAGUAAUCUUAAUGGAAUCACAAUGUCAUUUUUUUCAAGAUGUCUAUUACAGUCAUUUAUUUGAAGCUUAUUCCUAGCGGUCACUAUUUAGCUUUAGUCAAAGAGGACAUCUUUAUUAUCUAACAUGCAUCUGACCAAUGCAGUACUCUUUAAGGGCUGUCGCCGUAUUAGGAGGGUUACAAGCUGAACAGUGUUAGGUGAUGAUGGUGCCACUGCUGCCAUUUGUUUGCCAACAUACUUUUCCUAUUUUAAACUAGCUAACGGUUUACUGUGGCACCAAUAAACAGCCAGCAGUAUCAGGGAGAAGAUAACCUAGUGUGGAGCGGUGCAUUAUACUGACAAAUGGGCCAGAGAGAGGACACAAGGUAACAGGUGUCAUGCAGUGUGUCUCCAUCACUAACAGUAAAAUUCGCCAGUCUGCCAGCUCUACUUUGAGUCUACUAUAGUCUGAAUAAGUGCAGGUAUUGUGGGAUUCACUCAGCGAACAACAAACCCAAGUAAAAGCCAAAAGUACACACUGCUUUUACAAGUUUUUUUUUCCCCUUAAGCCAAAACUUCUAAAAGACUACGGACAGCUGAGGUUUGUAGUUUCGAAUGCAUCAGAGGGGGAAAAUGUAACUUCAAACUUAAAGUGCAAAUCCUUAUUAUCAAACUUAAGUACAUUGCGGACAGAGGGCACUAAUGCGUUAAGAGCUUAAAUCACUGAACAUUUUGUGCCUUCUGACUGACGCCCAGAAGAUUAAUACAUAUACAAGUCAACGCUAGGCAUUCCCAAACUAGCAUAAACAUCAGUUAGAAAUGGUUCAUUUGUUUGCUCACAUUCUAAAAGGGAUAGUGAUAAAUAAAAAAGAAAAAAAAAAGAAAAACCAGG